CAUAAGCUCAACUCAUGGGCUCUUGUUUCUCUUCGGCCUCCUCAAACUCCACACCCACAGUCAAAAUCGUCGCCCUCGAUGGCUCUCUGAACGAACUCUCCGUGCCCGUGCCCGUGCCCGUGUCAUUUGUUCUCCCUUCACCUCAAUCCUCUGUUCUCUGUGACUCUGAUAGUCUAAACUUUGGUACGAAUAUUGUAGCUAUGAAUCCAAAAUCUAUGCUAGAACUGGAUCAUUUGUAUUUCGUGUUGCCCGCCGAGAAGCUGGGUUACCCAUUAUCGGGGCAAGAUAUGGUGGCCGUUAAGGCUAGCACGGCGCUUGCCCGUGCUUCGGAGAAAAGCGGCCGGAGACGGAGGAUGAAGAUCUUGCCGAUUGAGGAAAUGGGGGGAGAUGGAGACGUUGAUGGUGUCGAGAGAAUAUUUGAUGAGUUCAGGGUCAGUAAAGUUGGGAAAGAGGGAGGGAAUAGGUCUCUGAUGCCUGGGGUUAUAAGGAAUAGGAUGAAGUUGACUACAAUUGAUGAGUGAUGAGUAGAAUUUUUUUUUAAUUUACUUAUUUAACAUUUUUUUGUUUUUGUUUAUUUUGUCUGUAAGU